AUGCCGAAGGUAAAUGAAACUAAAUGUACCCAAUUUACUUUUUUUCAAAAUCCCUUGUGCUUUUAUCAAGAUAGUUUGGCAGUUUAUUAGUGAAACGUGUAGCUAAAUGUCUGACAAGAUCUAGGAACAGUGAUAGAAAUCCAAAAUGUGAUUUUACAGUCUGAACUGUAUGUCUGUCUGUGUGUCAUAACUGACAGGUGAAGGAGACCUAAAUCAAUUUUUCUGACCUCAUUGGGACCUUGGAUAAGACCCCCAGUGCAUUAAUGAAGACGAAGAAGCAGCUGAAGAACCUUCAACACAACCAGAGCACCCUGGAGACACCCUGACUAAGGAGGAGACAGAAAGGGUAAGAACAUCAACGGGUAGAAUGUCUAGUCUUGAGUGCAGGCCUCUUGUUAAAUACUCUGAGAUGUAAACAAUAUCCUUUUACAGAUCCAAAGAGAAGUGGCUUUUGAGAAAACAUCAAAAGAGGUGUCCCGCUGGCAGAGUGUGGUCCUACAGAACCAGAAGGCAGAGCAGCUGGUAUUCCCACUGAACCAGGAGCCCUCUGGACCUAAACGCAUGGAGAAGGUGGUGGCUGGAUGGAAGGUGGGUGUAAAACGUUCCUUUAGUUUUUUUUCUGUUUGUGUUUCAUGAUGGUAAACUAAUUUCAAAUAUUAUAUGCUCCAGGCCCAAACCCCCCUAGAACAAGAGCUAUUCAGCCUCCUGCACAUGAACAAGCAGCCUCUCCAUGACCCUGUCCUGACACCCACUGAGGAGGCCUGUCUGAGGGCCAUGAGUCUGGAGGAAGUGAGUCCCACCUCAAACAUCCAGCAUGUGGUCAUAUGCAUAAGAUAAGCUACAUCUGGUGUGUUAGUGCUGGGCAAGGGCAAAGACCUGCACACACUACUGCCCUUGACUAGUGUAUGCACACUAAAAUGACAAUGUACUGGAAAAACAACAAUGCACAAAUUGUGGAGUUUUUCUAGAUUGUUAUUGAUUGUCUCUACAAACAAUAUAUAUAUAUAUAUAUAUAUAGUUUAUUUUUUUUGUCAGGCUAAGAUCCGUCGCAGAACUCCAAAAAGCCAGAGCUCUACAGUCUUAUUAUGAAGCGAAAGCCAAAAGGGAAAGAAAAAGCAAAAAGUGAGUGUUUGACAUAUUCUUACAACAUACUGUAGUUCCCUGUAUGUAGGAGGAUUUUACACUAUUUCGGUAGCGUAAACCAAAAUGUACUGUUUUAUUGAUUUUCCUAAAGUGUGCUGUGAAAAUAAAUUCCUAACUUAUGUAUAAGCUCUGCUGGAGGAUGAGUAAUACAAAGUAGAGGUCUUCACGGAUCCACCUGUACCCGAGAACUGAUCCGGACCCAGAAUUCUAAAUGUUGUCACGGGUCUGGGUUGGAUCUGAUUUGAUUGUCACGGUCUCAUCAGGUAUGUGUAAUUUCAACUGACUUGUCCCAUACAGAUCCGACCGCGACUGCUGCAGUAAAGCUAGAGGGAGAGACAUUACAACAUUUAUGCUGCUGCUCUUGCUUUUGGCAAGUGGAGCGUGGCGCAUGUAGCUUGUUGUUGGCCAAUCAUAAGUAAUCAAAGCGGCAAUGGGCUACAGUCAUAGAGCCUCCGUGAGUGACAAAAGUUAGGAGAUAUCUAAUCGAUGGAAUUAAAAGUUCAAGGAGAAGGAUAGGCUACAAUGACCAAGAGCUAACAGGUAGGCUGCUACUUAAUAUUAUUUUACAUUUACAUUUACGUCAUUUAGCAGACGCUCUUAUCCAGAGCGACUUACAAAUAGGUGCAUUCACCUUAUAGCCAGUGGGAUAACCACUUUACAAUGUUUUUUUUUUAGUUUUUUGGGUUGGGGUUGGGGUAAGGGGGGGGUAGAAGGAUUACUUUAUCCUAUCCCAGGUAUUCCUUAAAGAGGUGGGGUUUCAAAUGUCUCCGGAAGGUGCUGAGUGACUCCGCUGUCCUGGCGUCGUGAGGGAGCUUGUUCCACCAUUGGGGUGCCAGAGCAGCGAACAGUUUUGACUGGGCUGAGCGGGAACUAUGCUUCCGCAGAGGUAGGGGAGCCAGCAGGCCAGAGGUGGAUGAACGCAAUGCCCUCAUUUGGGUGUAGGGACUGAUCAGAGCCUGAAGGUACGGAGGUGCCGUUCCCCUCACAGCUCCGUAGGCAAGCACCAUGGUCUUGUAGCAGAUGCGAGCUUCAACUGGAAGCCAGUGGAGUGUGCGGAGGAGCGGGGUGACGUGAGAGAACUUGGGAAGGUUGAACACCAGACGGGCUGCGGCAUUCUGGAUGAGUUGUAGGGGUUUAAUGGCACAGGCAGGGAGCCCAGCCAACAGCGAGUUGCAGUAAUCCAGACGGGAGAUGACAAGUGCCUGGAUUAGGACCUGUGCCGCUUCCUGUGUAAGGCAGGGUCGUACUCUCCGAAUGUUGUAGAGCAUGAACCUACAGGAUCGGGUCACCGCCUUGAUGUUAGCGGACAACGACAGGGUGUUGUCCAGGGUCACGCCAAGGCUCUUCGCACUCUGGGAGGAGGACACAACGGAGUUGUCAACCGUGAUGGCCAGAUCAUGGAACAGGCAGUCCUUCCCCGGGAGGAAGAGCAGCUCUGUCUUGCCAAGGUUCAGCUUGAGGUGGUGAUCCGUCAUCCAUACUGAUAUGUCUGCCAGACAUGCAGAGAUGCGAUUCGCCACCUGGUUAUCAGAAGGGGGAAAGGAGAAGAUUAGUUGUGUGUCGUCAGCGUAGCAAUGAUAGGAGAGGCCAUGUGAGGAUAUGACAGAGCCAAGUGACUUGGUGUAUAGGGAGAAUAGGAGAGGGCCUAGAACUGAGCCCUGGGGGACACCAGUGGUGAGAGCACGUGGUGCGGAGACAGAGUUGUUAUUUGUAACUGUAGGAUGAGAAAGCACAUGCACUGCAGCCUCAAUUAGCCUAGCUAGCUAACGUUAGCUAGCUUAACUAGCUUCUCCUGGUUUGAUGCAGUCAAGACAGGUACUACCUAAUCAUAUUGGAUGAUUAAUAGCUGCCAUUGCUAGAUUAUUUAUCUACUAUAGCGUGAAUCGGCUUGGUUGUUUGCUGUGUCUCGUCUCUCCCUCCCUGCUUCCUGUGUCGCUCACAGUAUGGCCCCUCCCCCACCUGCUAGAGCGGUACCUUUACCUCCCUCCUCUCACGCUGUAUCAGCUCUGGUUGAUAAAGUAGCUUAAAAAAUGACUUUUCUGCUGCUUCCAUCACUCGGAUCGGACCGGGUCUGGAUCCGACUAGGUCUAUCUAUACGGAACAGGUCUAGUGGUCCUCGGGUCCGUUCGGAACUGGUCUCUAUAUUUAUUAAAUUAAUUUAUGCAUAUCGGGUCCCGGUGGAAAAGUCCCAGGUCCAUUUCAGAACGGGUCCAACUUUUGUUGACCUGUGAAGACCUCUAAUGCAAAGUAAAAGGAAAUCCAAUUAUCUAGGAGGAGGUUGAUUUGUAGGAAGGUGGCAUAUGAAUGGUGUAACAUCACUGCAAGGAAACAUCAGAGGCAAUACAUGAUAAAUAACGUUCCGAUUUCUUCCCCAGAUACCACAGAGUACAGAAGAAAGUAAUGCGUAAGGAGUAUCUGAAACAGUUUGAUGAAAUGGUUAAGACAGACCCUGCUGCUGUCUUGGAGGAACUGAAGAAGAUGGAACUGUCAAGAAUGAAGGUAAACUUUGAAACCUUUACAAGAAAGGAGAGAUUGAUGGAAACAACUUAAAAUAACCUAAGAAUAAAUUCUGAUUAUUAAUUUAUUAAUUGCAUUAAACCUGCUUCUUUUGCUCUGUUUCAUCUCUACUCACACAGGAACGAAUGUCUCUGAAGCACCAGAACAGUGGCAAAUGGGCCAAGUCAAAGGCCAUCAUGGCAAAAUAUGAUGAUGGGGUAAUGUGCUUUUAAACCGUUUUAGAUGUAUUUUGUUUGUUUAUAGGCUAUUACGCUACCAGUUGCAAUAUUUUAUGUGCAAAAAUAUUGUAUUGGCCUGGCAGUUUGAGAGAACCAGUGUUUUCAGAAAAGAGAAUGGUAUCAUGAGACCCCAUGCCUGAAAUAAAUUGACUGAGACUCCUAAUUUGUUUCCUUUUUGUCCCUAGGCUCGCAAAGCCAUGCAGCAGCAGCUGGAAGUGAACAAAGAUCUGACCCAGAAGUUGGUAAUCCCUGCUGAUGAAGACGAGGAGGAUGAAGAAGAGUCGGCAGACGCCUUGCCAGACUUUAUGAAUGACGCAGAGCCCAUACUGGACCAGGUGAAUCCAUGGAUGAGGUGCAAGCUUUCCACAGAGCCUACGGUGCAGGAAGAAAGCAAUGGUAUGGAGCCUCCUGUUGUGAGGCCCAGAGAAGUUGGAAAACCAGGGGAAGGACGGGACGACCAAGAUGAGGAGCAGUUGGAGGAAACCGAAGAAGAAGCGCUUUUAAGAGGGUUUGAGGAGAGGCGGAAAUUGCGUCAAACUGAAGAUUAGGUUCCACCCAUGUCUAUGGAGGAGAAUGAGGGUAAGAUCAAGUUCUGAUAUAGUGUCACAAUGUAGGGUCAUGUCUUCGCAGAUUAGUUUCACUCUAAUAACAUGAUCGGGAGUAAAACGUCAUUGUCUUGGGAAAGAGGAGGGCCUGGUUCGGGUUAGGAUCCUGGAGGAUGUGGAGCUGCUUAGUCAGGACAUCUCUGCCAGUGACCCAGCGCCUCCGACCACUCAGACCCCGAGCACAGAUGAAACUGACCCUCAGUCUGCAACUCAACAGGCAGACAAAAAGAGAAAGAAAAUGAUUGAUCCCAAUGAGGUUUUGACCAAGGAGGCGAAGGUCAUCAAAGUGCCAUUGGCUCCAACAGCUGUCGAGGAUGUUGAGGUAAGGGACACAGUAUAAAGACAAAUACAGUACAUGUCAUUUUCAAGGUGCAUCUAAAAUGAGGGCCCUUUGAUCUGCAUGAGGCUUCAAUGCACCAAUCAGUGCACCUGCCUGCAAAAAUAUAUUUAUCUAUCCUAUGCUGUUAUGAGAAAAAUAAACCCUGCCUUUUCUGCCAUGUAAUGUCUUUCCAUCUCAGGACAAGGAUGAACAGAGGGUCAUCAUUAAAGAGGCCUUUGCAGGGGACGAUGUAAUCUCUGACUUCCUGAAGGACAAAAGGAAACGGGAGGAGGCAGGAAGGCCGAAGGUUAUCGACCUGACGUUGCCUGGAUGGGGAGAGUGGGAGGGCCUCGGUCUCCAACCCUCUCGUAGCAAACGCAAGAGGUAAGUAGAUGGCAAUGGCAUAGAAUUGUGGUAAUUUGACAAACUGCUCUAAGUAGCGUUAUGCAGGUUUAGUGGAGGUAUUUCUGAGUUUGUCCCCCUAACAUGGUUUGCUUUUUUGUCUACUGAAGAUUCCGGGUAAAAGUUGCACCACCUCCACCAAGGCAAGACCAAAAGCUCCCUAACAUCAUCAUCUCAGAGAAGCGGGAUUCCUCCAUUGCUGCACACCAGGUGACCUAGCUCAGUGACGUGCAUACUAUUUUAGUACAAAUAUGACUUUGUGUUAUGGUCUCUGACCUCUACUUUCUUUCUGUUGUAGGUGAGUCAGUUACCGUUCCCAUUUGAGAACCCCACACAGGUCGAGCGCACCAUUCGUUCUCCUGUUGGCCUCACCUGGAACACCCAAAAUGCAGUGCAGAAGAUCACAGCGCCAAAGGUCGUCACCCAGUUAGGCGCCAUCAUUGAGCCAAUUGCUCGGCAGGACUUAACAAAGGACAAAAGGCAGGCAGUCACAGGGAAAGGGCCCAAUAUAAACCUGGAGUCAGACAAAGGCCCUCAGGUGAAAAGACGCUUGCAGCAAAAGAAGAAACACAAAAAUAAGUGA